AUGAUACCCUUUCCGGUGUUCUUGGUGGCUCUACUAGCCAUAUCGACAGCGUCAGCAAUUCCCACCCCGACCCGGACCCAGAUCCAGCUAUCGAGACGGGACUCCGCACGGGCGCGCUCGCUCCACCCCCGUUGUGCGCGCCAUUGCGGCCCCCCGGUGGCGGCGCCCUCUCUGUGUACGCAGCGCUCCGACGCGCGCGGCGCGGCUGAGCUCGGGGCGGGCCUGGACGAGGGUCUCCUCUCCGCCCCGAGCACCGCCGCCCAACUCGUCGCCUUUUCGCGCGCCAUCCCGCUGGACGGGUCCGCGAGCGUGAAUGUGGGCGUGGGCGUGGGCGUGGGCGUGGGCGUGGGCGUGGAGUCCUUCGGGAAGGGAGAGAGAGACUGCGGGUCGCCCUCGUCGCGUUCGAGGCAGGAGAUCAGCCGCGCUCCAAAGGACGACGACGGCCGACGGCGACGCGGACGCCAGCGCGCGCGACGCGCACCGCUAGCGCGGUACGACGCCCUCGCGCGGAUCGCGCGCUCGUUGAAGAGCGGGGCAGAAGCCAGCGGCUCGCGCUAUACCUUGCCGACUGCCCCCGACGAGCCCCCCUCGGGCGCUAGGCCGCAUUUUGGCCGAGCGAGCGGGGGACAGGUGAAAGUUAGAUGA